AUGGGCUCGGUGACACCGGAACGCACGCGGAGUAUCACGAUUCUGAAGCAUGACGGCAGCUCGCCGGAGAAGCGUACUGUUGAUGUGCUGGAGUACACGGACGGAUCAUUGUGGGUGGAAGUCCCGCUGGGACCUGGUGAGAGCCCCCGACGGAUUCCGAUUCCAGUCCGUGAGAGUGAAUACGGCACGGCCACGACGACGACGACGACGACGACGACGACAACGGCCAUCGCGGGCCGUGACGCCAACGUGAAUGGUAAGAACGAGCUGGAGAUUCCCGGGCCGGGACGGCACCACGACGGACCUGACGGUUUCUUCGACGUCGAACAGGAAGCGGGCUAUGGAGCUUACCCGCCUGACCACCAAACCGGCACGGAGGGGCUACAUCUGUCGAGAUUUGACACGGACGCCGGAUUUUGGACGGUGCUUGUUCAAAUGGCCCGGUUGACACCAGAACGCACGCAGAGUAUCACGAUUCUGAAGCAUGACGGCAGCUCGCCGGAGAAGCGUACUGUUGAUGUGCUGGAGUACACGGACGGAUCAUUGUGGGUGGAAGUCCCGCUGGGUCCUGGUGAGAGCCCCCGACGGAUUCCGAUUCCAGUCCGUGAGAGUGAAUACGGCACGGCCACGACGACGACGACGACGACGAUGGUCACCGUGAUGACACCUACGGGUCCCGCUACAGUGACAACGGACGGCCCGGUGAUCGACAGCAAGCAGGAAGUGACGAUCACGACCACGGACGGCUCGACGACGACGGCCAUCGCGGACGUGACGCCAACGUCGAAUGGUAAGAACGAGCUGGAGAUCCCCGGCCCGGACGGCACCACGACGACCGUGACGGAUCCUUCGACGUCGACAGGGAGCGGCUAUGGCGGCUACCCGAGUGAACACCAAACGGGCACGGAGGGGCUACCAUCUGUCGAGAUUGACACGGCCGCCGGAUUUUGGACGGUGCUGUUCAAUGGCCCGGUGACACCGGAACGCACGCAGAGUAUCACGAUUCUGAAGCAUGACGGCAGCUCGCCGGAGAAGCGUACUGUUGAUGUGCUGGUGUACACCGACGGAUCAUUGUGGGUGGAAGUCCCGCUGGGUCCUGGUGAGAGCCCCCGACGGAUUCCGAUUCCAGUCCGUGAGAGUGAUCACGGCACGGCCACGACGACGACGACGACGACGACGACGACGGUCAGCGUGAUGACUCCUACGGGUCCCGCUACAGUGACAACGGACGGCCCGGUGAUCGACGGCAAGCAGGAAGUGACGAUCACGACCACGGACGGCUCGACGACGACGGCCAUCGCGGACGUGACGCCAACGUCGAAUGGUAAGAACGAGCUGGAGAUCCCCGGCCCGGACGGCACCACGACAACCGUGACGGUUCCUUCGACGUCGACAGGGAGCGGCUAUGGCGGCUACCCGAGUGAACACCAAACGGGCACGGAGGGGCUACCAUCUGUCGAGAUUGACACGGCCGCCGGAUUUUGGACGGUGCUGUUCAAUGGCCCGGUGACACCGGAACGCACGCAGAGUAUCACGAUUCUGAAGCAUGACGGCAGCUCGCCGGAGAAGCGUACUGUUGAUGUGCUGGAGUACACGGACGGAUCAUUGUGGGUGGAAGUCCCGCUGGGUCCUGGUGAGAGCCCCCGACAAAUUCCGAUUCCAGUCCGUGAGAGUGAAUACGGCACGGCCACGACGACGACGAGGACGACGACGACGACGACGGUCAGCGUGAUGACUCCUACGGGUCCCGCUACAGUGACAACGGACGGCCCGGUGAUCGACGGCAAGCAGGAAGUGACGAUCACGACCACGGACGGCUCGACGACGACGGCCAUCGCGGACGUGACGCCAACGUCGAAUGGUAAGAACGAGCUGGAGAUCCCCGGCCCAGACGGCACCACGACGACCGUGACGGUUCCUUCGACGUCGACAGGAAGCGGCUAUGGCGGCUACCCGACUGAACACCAAACGGGCACGGAGGGGCUACCGUCUGUUGAGAUUGACACGGCCGCCGGCUUUUGGACAGUCUUCUUUGACGGUCCGGUGAACGAUGGAUUGCAACGUGUCAAGCUGCAAAAGCACAUUGAAUCGACCUCUGUGAUGACACUAUUUGUGAAUUAUAGAGCUGACGACAAGAAGACGGUGGAGAUCCCGACGGGUCCUGGAGACCAGACCACAACCGUGUUUGUGCCAGAGUGGCAGGUCGAGCCCGGCCAGGGUGGCGUCCCAGCCGCAGUGGUUGACCACCAACAGGUUAGCGUGAAGACACCCACCGUUCCCAUUACAGUAACGACGGACAGUGCGGUGCUGGACGGUAAACAGCUAGUGACGAUCACAACGCCCGACGGCAAAACCACCACCACAGCUGUCGAAGUGACUUCGACGUCGGACGGUCGUGACGAUCACUACGCCCGACGGCGGAGCUACCACGACAACUGUGAACGUGACGAAGACAAGGGACGGCAAGACGGAGCUGGAGAUUCCGACGGGAGAAGGUCCACUGUGUCGGUUCCAUCGACAACCACCCAGGAAGGAGGCGGCCACACCACGACGGAUAUCCUGAACCAGUUAGGAGGCAACGACAUCGACAACGGAGACAAGGACUUUAUGUCAAAGGACGAGUUCCAGCUGCAGAUCGGUGCGCACUUUUCCGACAAGAUCAUGGCUUUGAAGCAACAGACAAAGGACGAGGAAGCCCAGAGUGACAAACUGCUGGACCAGCAGAAGGAACUUCAAGACUGCAUCCUUCAGGCGGCCAACAAGUUCGGAUACUAUGGAGUGUACGAACAGCCUCCGUACUUCAAAAACGCCGUGCACUGGGUCGACAAAGACUGUCUGAGGCAGUAA